GGCGGGCGGGCGGCACACGCGGCUAUAAGUAAGAGGCGCGCGCGCCGCGGCGAGGUUAGUCGCCGACCGGCAGCGCGUGCACGGUGUCCUAUACUCCACGGUGCGUCCCCACCACCCGCGCCUUUCUACCAUCACUGGCGAUCUCCGCUUGCGCAACGGUUCAAAACCGAAAGCCGAGGAGCCGCCCGGCGCCACACUUCGCCCGCUCGCUCCCGCCGCCACCAUGGACGCAAGGAUAGCGAUAUUUUUAUUAGUCUGUGCAUUCUACCGGAUAAAUGCUGACGUAGAUAUUAUCACACAGCCCAGACAAGGACAAGAAUUUGUACUCGUUAGCUCGGGGCAACAAACUCCUCUGAGAAGUUAUGAGACGUCGCAUAAAAUACCUGAGAAGCAUCCACACCACCGUAUUAUCAAACCCGAUGAGGGUAUUGAAAAAAUAACAAAAAAAUUACACAGUGGAAAACCUAGACACCCUACGGAAGGAAUUGUCUCAAUCGAGGAAGAUAAGAAAGCUGUUUUUAAAAAAGGACAUAAGCUCAAAUCAGAUUCCAUUGAAAUUGAUGUUCCUGUGUCAAAGAUUGAAGAUAUCAAGAUAAAGGAAAAUCUUAAGGAUGUCGAGACGAAUCCAAAAAUGGCUGUCGCCCUUGAAGCUAUGUCUGAAUCCGGGAAACUGGUAAGUUCACUCGGUACAACUACUCAGAAACCUGUCUUGACCACUGCUCCGCCCGCACCCGCGAAAGGCUUUGACUACAUUCCUAUUAAUUUCGACACUAUUGACGACAUCAACAGUGGCCUCUUAUCAUCCAAUGUACAACUUGAAACUGCUGGAUCAGAACAAAAACAACAUUCUCGAAUUCAAAUAAAAAAAGGUCCUAAUGGACAAGACUAUGAAUACGAGUACAUUUACUACUAUUAUGAUGAAGAAGAGGGUGGCAAGAAAGAUGGCAAAGAAAAAGCUUCCUCAACUGCUGCUCCAGUACGUAACUCUCAUGAUGGCCCACAAAAAGUUGAAACUGAAAACCAGAUCCCUAAAGAAAAGCCAAGAAAUCGGUACAGUACCAUUGACAGAUCAGCUACUACCACAGUGGCUACACCUGAAACACAGAACGAAAUUCUUCCUGCAACAACAACUAGCAGAGGUCGUACAAGGGGUCGUAAUCUCACACCAGCCCCAGUUGAAGAAGAAAUCGAAGAAGACAGAUUGCCUUCAAGCACUCGCUUCCCUCCUCGGGGCCGUUAUAUUGCCGCCGCUACUACAACAACCUUCGCUCCUGAAUCAUCAACAGAAACCAUAAGGCAUCGCGGCCGUCCUCAUGUCGAUAACACAGCUGAUGAAUCUAGUGGCCAAACUAGAAGCAGAACUAGAGCACACAUCAGACGUCCCAGCUCCGAGUUGGUUGAUUUAGAUAGCUUCAAGACACAUUCUGGGGAUAUCCCGUCACAGUACAAAGAGCAACCUUCAAGAUACUCCUCAGAAUCUAGAACUACCACAGAAAUCCCUGAAGCCGAAGAAUUGCCCGCUGCCAAAGAAGAUUCAAAUGCCAAAGAAUCCGUACGAGAGGGACACAGUCUUCCCGUUGGAGUAAAAUAUCAAGAGAUAACAGACGACUCUAAAUUGCCUUCUGAUUACAAACAGACUACUACUUACGAGCAGGAUACAACUGAGUACACUACAAUGACUGCAAUGGAGAAGGUGGCGUUGGAUUUGUAUGCGUACUUGGCUGGCGAGAACUUGAAUAAUGAGAUAAAUCCGACGAGCGAUAUGAUGUUUGACGGUUCGACGACGGAGAUUGAAGGUUGGACGACGGAGGCUAUGAGCACGACGGAAGAAGUGACCACACCGACCACUACUCCGACGACCACCACCACUACAACUACAACCACUACGACUACCACGACUACGCCAGCGCCGACGACUACGACCGCCGCUCAUUCCACGCGCCCCUCGAGGUUCAAGGGGCGCCCAGGAGCAAGGGCUCGUGUCUCUACCACGUCCGCAGCCACCGAAGCACCACAAGAAACUUCCACGAGAGUGAGAGGUCGCUUCAGCAAGCCGAAUGGCCGCAAGACCACAGCAGCCACGGUAGACGCUACGCCUGAGCCAUCGGCGGCUGAAAAACCAGUCCAGUCAUCUAAGCCUUCAUUCGGUCGUCGUGGCUUGUACGCGGCUCGCACCCGUCCGAGCUCCACCGCUGCGCCCGCGCAAGAAGACAGCAACGCUGCACCUAGCGAAACGCCAGCACCUAGCAGGCCUCGUCUUCGCCCCACAUUAAGGAGGACUACCACCACGACCACGGCAGCGCCCGCUGCAGAGGAUUCUUCGCCGAGUGCUGUGUCCGAAGAUUCUGUGGAAACUACACCAGCGCCAUCUAGGACCAUUGGUCGCGCUAGACCCGGUUUGAGGCCAGCUUCGCUCCGGCCCGGCGCCCGGCUGAACUUGCGCCCCGGCCCGCGGCCCCGCCCCGGUGUCUCCGCCGCCCCCACUGAAGCAGUCUCCGAAGCACCCGCGGAGACAUCCCCUCCCGAAGCAUCCUCCACCGACGGGGAAGCCGAGGGUUCGUCACCAACGCCAGCGCCAGAGUCCAACCCUCGACUGAGGCUAAGAAACAGGCUGCAGGUGUCUCCCUCUCCAAAGCCCAAGGUGGCAGCGACGACGCCUCUGCGCCGCCCCAACCCGCUGCUAAAGAGGAAACAGCCUACCACUGAGGCAUCGACCGAAGCCACGAAGAAAGUAACGGAGACUACCGAGGAGAGCACCAGUAGUGGAGAGAAGAGUGAGACAGAGACGGAAGAGGCCGCAGUGGAGACGACGCCGGCACCGCCCCUGCGCGGGCUCGAUGCGUUGUUCGCGAGGAGGCGCGCUGCCGGCGCCGCCGGGAAACCUGUUAGGCCCGCACGUGGCGCGCGCUACCCUAAAUAAGUCUAGAUACGCAUAAACCGAAGCAAGAGAACAGCAAUGCAAACGGUAUCCUCUCCCAAUAAUCUUCCCCCUUUACCAUCCACCCAUUCUAAUCAAAUCAAAUCUUCCUUUUUAUGCAAUAUAAAAGAAACGAAUUCAUGGCAUUUCCUCUCCUCCCUCUUUCCUCCAAAAUUAUCCUAUCCUAUACAAAGAACAACCCUAAUAAAGAUUCAUAAUGUAUCUUUCCAUAAUGUUCCCCGUGUUUAUUUAGUUCCUUAGGCCUAAAAUGUUCCUUUCCCAAACUAUCAUUUCCUAGAAUGCAUAUUUCUAUGUAAUGCAAAGGAAAGGGAUCCAUGAAGUACCUUGUACCCUUAUCCUAUAUAUUGACCUCUUUUCCAAAAUAGCCCUCUCCCUGAAACAGAAUAGCAAUGCACUUCAAACAGAUUUAUAAUGUCGCCCAUAAUGUUCCUUUCCAAGAUGUACCUUUCCAAUAUUUUCCUUUCCAUAAUGUUCCUUUCCCACAAUCAUUCCUCCCUAAAGUAGCUUCUUUAUAAGUAUCUCAAAAGAACAACAACAGUAUUCUAAAAUAUAAAAUACGAUAUUUUUCCCUUAAUAUUCCAUGGUUACCACCCCCUAAUUUCACUUUCCCAAAGUAGGUAAUCCUUACCCAAAUUCCAUUUUUCUGAACAAUACUGUUGAUAUAUUACUUAUAAAACAGAAAUACCAUUUUGCAUUAUUGCGUUCGCUUUGUACGGUUUACGUUCAACAUUUUUAGUCAAUUCACUCCCCCAAAUUGUCGUAGUUGUUUGUAAAAUAUACUAAUUACUUACUACUUACUACUUAUUAUUCUCAUUAGUUUACAAUAAUUUGAUAACGAAUUAGGAAUAUUCUGCAGGUUUCUUUUUUUUCAUCAUUAUUGUACGCCUCUUUGUUUUAAGUGUCCAUUUUACCAACUCCAGAAGUUAUUUCUGACUUUAAUGUACAUAUUAGUAGUAAAUAUUUGUUACGAUUACUUAGUGCAGAUUCGCAUAUAAGACGCCAUUUAUAUAAAAGAAAAGGAAAAGCUGAAAGAGUAAAGUUCAUAUUCGGAAAAUGAACAUAUCUUAUUACUUUUGAUAAAUUGACUCGUGAGAUUAUUUGGCUCUUAUUUUAAGUAUGUAUUUAACAUCAUUGAUAAAGUUUUAGUUGUCAAUAUUGAAAAAAAAAUAUACUCAUUGUCUCUAUUUAUUCUGCCAAGAGAAACAUUAGGGCUAAGUGAAUAAGUCGUUUCAUAUAGUUCCGUCUCAAGAGAAACGAUAGGACUUUUCAGCCGAAGCACUGACCGCUAGUGCCAUCGUGAUAUGUGUUGUAUCUUUCGUAAGUGUGAUAAUAAAUGUAAUAUUAAGAUGUACUUGUUUUUUUAGUAUCACUCGAAAGUGAACCACUAAUGUGCCCACAGCCCUUAACUUUCCUAUAACUGCUUCGCAGAAAGAGGUCUAUAUAUAUUUUGUAAGAUUCUUUGGUGUAUCGAAUUUUCGCGAGCAAUGUCACAGCUAUUGUCUAUCAGCGUUUUCGUAAAUUGGAUUUUCGCGAAAAUUCGAUUAAUCAAAUCAGCCUACGAAAAAUAUGAACACAAGCUCAAUUAACUUUUCAUUAACAAAAACAUAACAUUUAUUUUGGUGCGUUAACCACAGAUUUAUUGUAGAGAGCGCAAUGAACUAGCAAUGAACGCGAUAUAGUUUAUCAUAUUUUUCCAAACGCUGCUAGCGCUUCUUCCGG